AUGGUGGUGGAAGUCACGGUGCAAGAAACUUCUCCGUUUAACGGCCAAAAACCCGGCACUUCGGGUCUAAGAAAAGCCGUCACGGUGUUUCAACAAAAACACUACACGGAGAAUUUUGUUCAGUGUAUUUUGGACUCGAUUCCGGAGGAAAAGAGAAAAGGAUGCACUCUUGUUGUGGGCGGAGAUGGAAGGUUCUUCAUGCGAGACGCCAUCCAGAUCAUCAGCCGAAUGGCUGCGGCGAACGGGGUAUGAUGUGUUUUUCAUUCUGAAGAGGCGAUCGAUGCGUUGAGAUAAAUUUAGCCACCGUGAGGCUGUUUUGAAAGUAAAUAACCGAAGCUCAAACCCAGUUCAAGCAGUUCAUAAACAAUAGAGCAAUAUAUCCGUGAGUGAUUCCACGGCCACGUAUUCAACAUUCUAAUAUCAGUACAGCUAUCUGUUGCUCUCCUUUCAUGACCCCUUAACUUGUGUGUAAAAACCUCUGAAGUUUUGCUUUGUUUUCUAGCUAUUAUUUUCCUUGGCUCUAUUGUGUUGAGUUCUCAGUGGCUUCUGUGUAUUUUUUUUUUAACGUCACUCGUGACUUUCACAGGUUUUUACACCGAGGAUGAGCCUUCACUUGUUUAAAAUCAAAUUAAUAUGGAAUAAUUUAAGAGAAAAAUGAAGGCCUUUGAAUAUGGCCCUGUAUUCUGUAGUUGCUCCAAAAGCCGAAAAAAACAAGGAAAUGUCAAAUCAUAGAAUUAAUUUAUUGAAAGUGCGUGUGUGAUAUGAUAUUUGACAUUAUAACAAGCUUAAUAUUGGCCGUCAACAAAACCCGUAUCGGAUGGCUUGGAUCGGAUUGGACUGCAGAUCGGAUCGGACUCUGGAUCAGAUCGAAUCGGACUGGUAUUUUCGCUUUUGGUGCAGAGGAAUUGUUUUGAGAAAAGUUGUUUUUAAUAAUGACACAGAUGGCUCUGAAUAAGAAAUCUGAGUUCUCACAACAGGAGUCUAACCUAUGCGUAGUCCAGACACAUUUGCGAGUGACUCGGCUAAAGCAGAUAGGUGUGAGAAGGCUUGUUGUUAAUGAAAAUAAUGUAAAUGACAUUUGAAGAGGUCUUUCACUUAUUGACAAUAAAUCAUCGCUAUCGUACCUUACUCAUUCCCGCUAUUUUCUUAAUCAUCACCUCUCCCUCGGCCAUCUUCAAUUGUCAGGUGACCAAGCCUCUUUUUGGAAUUGUAAUCAUAUGAGGUUAUGCAACAGAAAAUUUUCCGGCGCAAUUCAGUUGAAAAUAAUUCUUUGCAAGGAUUUUCAAGCUGAUGGUGAAUUUCUGGUGAUACAUGAGAAACAAUUUCUUUUAAAAAAGUGACACAGGUGGCUCGGAAGAAAAAGUCGAACCGGUUACAAGUCCAAAGGUGUCUUGACUAGUCAUAGGUUAGACUCCUGUUGUGAGAACUCGGAUUUCUUAUUUCGAGCCACUUGUAUCAUUAUUAAAACAGUUUUUCUCCAAAUAAUUCUUCUGCACUUAAAAUGAAAGUACCAGUCCGAUCUGAUCAGAUCCUGGUUUUGUUGAUGGCCCUUUAUAAUUAUGAAGGACGUGGUUUUAAAAGCAUAAUUCAUUGGUUACUAGAUAUUUGCCAUACAUGUACACAGACUUAACAAAUAACAGUUACAUACACAUCUAAAUUACAUCUCUGAUAUGAAAGGUAACUAAAAAAUAAACAAACAAAUUAUAAUACUAAUAAUAAUAUCCUUGAUUUCAAACCAAAAAAAGUGUAAGUUUAGUGACAAUUGCAAGAGGUGUUAAAGUGGGCACAGCGUAGCCGAUAUAAGAGAUGUCAUUAAGGGCCCUACCUGUUACGGCUGAGCUCACAUGAUGUUACAUGUGAUAAACGUGAAAAUUUUAAAAUGACGGGAGAAUCAAGCACAUAAAUUCCAUUCUGAUACGUGUAACUACCCAGAUUUGGGAAGUGCUUCUGAUUGGUCAUGCUGUGUGGGAAAUUUGCUUUGAGGCACUACCCGGAUCUGAAUAGUGACACAUCAUCAGUAUGGAAUUUCUGCGCUUGUUUCUCAGACGUCACAUCGCGGGGAAACCAGUGGUGGCAUUGCAAAGUGUUGAUUGAUGGUUUUCACAGGCUGUGCAUAUCAUGCCGUUGAUACCCUUAGUAUGUAAGUCCGGAGUUGACAUUUUAACACCAGCAGGCCAGACCUGCAAUUUAUAUUAUAAUUUAUGCACUUAUAUUAUUGGAUAUAUCAAUUUUCUUGGAAGGGGAGGGACAGAGAUGAGGGUUGAAACUUGGGUAUGAAGGCAAUCGUCAUGUAGUUGAGAAUUACUGGUAUUGACACAGACACCUGUGUCAGACAGUCACUUGAGUUUGGCUUGUUAAAGCAAAAUGUUGACUUCAUUACCAUAUUUUAUAAACAAAGAGAAAUGGGCAAAUAUGUUUUCUAGAAUCUCAACUGGGUAUCAGGAGGUGUGUGUUUGUGUGUGCUGUGUGGGGGGGGGGGGGGGGGGGGGACGGGGCAAUCAGAGAUUAGGAUGGGCUGUGGUCGGGGCCCAGUUAAAAAAAUAAUUCCAAAAAAAAAAAAAUAAUCAAAAUAAUUUUCAAAAAAAAAAAGGUGUUGACGUGGUUGUUAAAAUUUUAACCCGCAGUCAGUAAGUAAGAUAUAAAGAAAAAUGAAGAGGGUGAGUAUUGUUGUUUAGUGCGGGGUGGGGUGGUGGGGGGGGGGUGGGUGUGGGGGGGUGGGGGGGGGGGGGGGGGGGGGGACAGUGCAAUCAGAGAUUAUGACUGGCUGUGGUCAGCGACCAGUUAACAAAUAUAUUCCCAAAAGACAAUGAUAAUCAAAAUAAUUUUCCAUACAAUAUAGGUGUUGACGGUGUUGCUUAAACUCUAAGCCGCAGUCAAGGCUACUUUUGGCCAUCCUUGAAAAAAUCCCAUUUUGAGCUUCCUCUUACUUGUCUCUUACAAAAAUCAACCUGUAAGCAGCCAGCUUCAGUUGCAGAUGCUUUUCCUUACUUACUGAGGGUUCCUGCUUAAGAGAGUUUUGUUUAUAUUAAUACCAAGUAGGGAGAUACUUCAACUGUAUUUGAAGCACUCUCUUCACCCUGUAGUAUGGUAUUGUGAUAACAUAACGCAAAACAAUAAGCCCUUUCUCUUCACCUUUUCAGGACAUACCGUAAAAUUCCGAAAAUAAGCCCCUCCAUGUAUAUGCCCCUCCAAAUAUAAGCCCCCCAAACCUGUAAAGCAAAAAACCCCCGUUAAAUCGCCCCUCCAAAUACAAGCUGCCGGUAGCUUGUACUUGGAAAAUUGCCCUCAAAUACAAAGUAAAACAAAGCAAAAACGGUAAAUUUACUCCCAACUAUGAGGCUAGCCCAAUUGAUUUUGAAACGCGAAUUUCCCUCCCUAGAUACGCCCGUCCAGAUAUAUAAGCGCCUCCAAAAAUAAGCCCCGGGGCUUAUUUUCGGAAUUUUAUGGUAAGUAGACAUACAUGUAAUUAUGUGCAGCAUUUCUUCCUAAUCCUAGUUUAAAAAUAAUUAGAUUAAUAAAUAAAUCAGAGCAACUGUCUUUUUCAACACCUUUACCAGCUGGGUAAAAGAAAAGUCAUAAGAAGUCAAGUGAUGGUCAAUAAUUGGACGGUGUACAGUACUUUGUUGUCAUUCUACCAGAUGAUUUUUCAGAGUAACUUGGGCAUUGUUUUUUGUUAUUGUUGUUGUUUUAUGUAAUUGUUUUGUUUCUGUUUUGGUGAAAGGUUGGUGAACUUGUGAUUGGACAGAAUGGUAUCUUUUCUACUCCAGCUGUGUCUUGUAUUAUCCGAAAGACCAAGGCCAGAGGUUGGUUGAGUAUCCACACAGUUUCCAUUAAUUUUUGUUGAACACAAUAAUAAAUCAAAUUACAAAAUUAUAGUAUAAUUAUUGUGAAAGUCAAAAAUAUGAAUUGUUGCUGCAUUAUCACUAGGGCUGUCACUAAAGGCUGGUGGCCAGCUAUUUCCCCUUGUUGAUCUGAGCGGGCCCCUGGCUUUUGAAAUAAAACAAAAAGAAAAAUAGAACCAAAGUUCUUCCUUGCUUUUCAAUUUUGCUUACUAAUAAGUAUAUGCAAUUAUAGCAUAUACUCGGCAAUGAGAAUCUCUAAGUUAGUGACAACUAUGCUCUGGCGGUGUUGAAGGUAGUGGAUGGGCCUAAGGUAAAGCUGUCGUAAAUCUAAAUGAGAAAAAAACAUAAUAAUAAUAAUAAUAAUAAUAGUCUUUAUUUCCACACAAGAUAAAAAAUACAUAUCUUAUGUUACAAUAUUUGAGUAAAAAGUAUAUAUAUCUAAGUUAUUUACAGUAAAAAAAAAAAAAAAAAAAAAUCUACGCUCACAUAGCUAAAUUGUAUUUAAAACUAGGCCCCAAAUAUCACAAGGUCUGGCUAUCCUCACCCCUCCUACACAUUUGCUCAAGGCCUGAAACUUAAACUAUUAGCACUGGGGGUUGUCAUGCACAAAUACCCCCCACUCUUUGUGAAACCUGUGUACAACCAAAUGUUUAAAUUCCAGCGCAUCUGUGGUUCCACAGGAGAACCAGUUGCGCAUUAUGUAAAUCGCUUUAGUAUAGAUAGGCCUUUUUUAUAGUCCUGUUUAUUCCUUUUUUGACUCAUACAGACACCAGGCAUCUGGUUGCCGCCCCACCCUCCUUCCCGCAGCGAUUGCUUACGUAAUUAUGUACUUUUGCACCUGAGCUCCUGCUCCAUUCUGCCUCUGAGCUUGCCUCUUUCCAUGGCUUCUCUCAACCUGGGGCGCCUAGGAGUGCAGGCUCCAGUUGUGAAUUGACAACUUUGUUAAGUACUGAUCCCCUAUGAAAUAUUUUGUUUGUGCAGGUGGUAUCCUGUUGACUGCAAGUCACAACCCAGGGGGGCCAGAAGGGGACUUUGGAAUCAAGUACAACACAGAAAAUGGAGGUACAGUCGGUGUACCGUACUUUGUGUACUCUUGUAUACUGUAAUUUUUUUAAUGCCACGACUCUGUGAUAACAGAUCAAGUAAAAACUUUUCAUGCCAAAUGUAUUCUAAAACAAGGUUACUUGAAGAAUAAAUAACCUUUGUAAAAAGCCAACGAUUCGUGACGCCAUCACUGGUUUUCCCGCAAAAUGAAAUCUGAGGAUGUGCAGAAAUUCUAUGCUGAAGACGUAUCAAUACCCAGAUCUGGGUACUGGGUAGUGCUUUUGUUAAGUGGAAGCAAAUUUCCUACACUGUGCGUGCAAUCAAAAGCACUAACUAGAUCUGGGUAGUUUCACGUCAGCAGUACGGAAUUUGUGCAGUCGCUCCUCUUAUUUCGCGAAUGGAAACCAAACCAGUUGCAUCGCGAAAUAUCGGCUGUUUUCUCCGUUUAAGGAAUUAAUUAUUGAUUAUUUUUUUGUUGGAUAGGUCCAGCGCCUGAAGCUGUUACUAAUGAGAUUUUUGCACGAACUGGAAAAAUAACAUCAUACAAAUUGUGCAAGGAAAUCACUGUUGAUCUUGAUACUAUUGGAAGUAACAGCUGGGAGGUAGAAGGUCAUACGUUCACUGUAACUGUGCGAGAUUCAGUCGAAGAUUACACUCAAUUGAUGAAGGAAAUAUUUGACUUCGAUUUGUUAAAGAAGUUGAUUUCUGGAGAUGGUGACCAACAACCUUUUAAGUUUGUUGCAAAUGCUAUGAAUGGAGGUGGGGUUGUAUUUAUUUAAUAGAGAGCUUUAGAUUCUGAGACAAGGACGACUAUGAGUACGAGAUUUUCUGAGUAUUAAGUUGUGCUCUUGCGUGAAUCAGCGACAUUUUGGCGGGAAAACGCGAUAGCCGUCGUCAUUCUAGUACGAGUUUAAGCGAGAAUGUCGUAGUGGCGGGAACAAGUUAACAAAUGUAAGAACUUUUAUCAUUUUGCUACCGGGAGAGGGCUUAACCUCCUUCAGUAUAUGUAACUGUACUAACGUUUUUGGUGAAAAAAAAUAAAUAAAUAAAUUGAAGCUUUCUGGGGUUUCUUUUUAUCGAGAACAUGCGCAAAAACUUUAAGUUAAAUCUCGUACUCGUACUCGUUCUCGUCCUCUAAUCUAAAGCUCUCUAAUUGUGAACGAGAGACAACGUUUUUUUCCGCUAACUGUAACAUUUCAUUUCGUUUAAAGACAGUAUAAGUAACUAUGGAUCCUUGGAAACUUACAAAAAAUGUAUUAUUGUAGGAAGGUAAACACGUUACAUGAGAUACCUAAGGUUUGGUUCACACGGGCCACACGAUUUUUUUCGCCGUUUGUCGAAAAUUCGUGCGUUUACAUGUAGGUGUCUUGUUCACACUCAACUCCUACCCCCCCCCCCCCCCCCCCCCCCCCCCCCCCCCCCCCCCACACAACAACGACACAAAAACACAACAAGCACAAUCAACACAAAAACCAACACACAAGUAUGAUAAAAAACAAUCACGCAGCAGGCACAACACAACAACCGCACACCUGCCUUUAUAUUGGAGGAAGGUAAACCCGUUCAAGAGGAACCCUAAGGUUUGGUCCACCCGGGCCACCCCUUUUUUUUCCCCGUUUGUAGAAAAUUCGUGGCUUUUAAUUGAGGUGUCUUUUUCCCACCCACCCCCCCCCCCCCCCCGCCCCCAACCGUACGAAAAUAUGGAUGACUAAAAAAAUGAGGUCAAACUUUAAGCCGGUGCGGUGUUAAAAACAUGACCGUCCACAGUUUUGAACGGCAAAGGCUUGAUCGCAUAGAUGCGUGGUUACUCAACUGGAAGACGCCAUUUUGGAUUUGCCAAAGUGGCGCUAGUAGCCUGCGUAGCAGGCGUUUAUUAAUUUUUUUUUUUUUGCUCUUGUCCCAGCUUUCUAGAGGAACCUCGCGAGGAAACGCUUGCUACGCAGGCUAUGGCGAUGGAAAACCACUGACUAAAGUUAAAAUUUAAUCUUGUUUUCGUGUGAACUUAGCAAAAACAUUGGACGGUUCCAGUUGAACGAAGUGUUCGGUUCAAUUUUUCAGCUGGCAAAAAAAAAAUUGGUUAGCCUGCCAGCAAGCUCUCCAUUUGGGGUAGGUGCGAGAAGUCACUCAUGACCGUCACGCGGAGAGACACUACGAGAGCGAGAAACGGGGAUAUCCCCUCGCGCGUUCUGCCCGGGUUCGCUUCGCUAGACAGGAAUCAGAUGAAGGAGAGCAUGCGAUGCUUGCGGGCCAAAAAUUUGUCUGGUGCCUUGUGAGCGUUAGCCUAAGGAAAAACGAAUCAGUUACCAAGGGAUUAGAAUGGCCCAUGGAUUUUUAUAGGCUACCUUUGUUAUAAUUAUUGCAGUGACUGGUCCAUACCUGAAAAGAAUCUUAUGUCAGGAGUUAGGAGCACCGGACAGUGCCACUUUAAAAUGUGAACCGAAAGAAGACUUUGGAGGUAUGCAAGUAGCUUGCUUUGUAAUGUGUCAUCAUCGUCAGUCUUUUUAUGCUUUUUGUACGCAUAACCAGCGAUAUAUCAAGAAAGUAGCACGGCUACAAAACUAUAAUUGGGCCAGUUAUUUAAACGAUGUUAAGCCAGUGUUUAACAAAACCGCGUUCUAAGCCAUUUUCCUCUGUUUACCGAACACCAUUGUGAACAUUUCGAUGAAAGCAUAUGGCGUAGACUAGAAAAGCAUUUGUGUUCCUUAAAUAACCCACUGAUGAAGAGACCUGGUGGUGCAAAGUUAUUUCUAUACCGCGGUCUAAGCUAGACUUUGUUUGAACAACCUAUGAGUUUCAGGAUGAGACUAAGAGGCCCAGACCCAUAUUUAAGAGUCCUGUACCCUUGCCGGUUUAAUAAGAAAUCGAGUUAAGUUUAUUAUUCUUCUAACUCUCUAGUAAGCUCAUGUGUCAGGUUUUAUAGACGGUGGAAUGCUGCUUAUUAUUGGCAAAAAAACGUGUAUGCAUCCAAGAGACGCAUAAGGCGUAUGAUUUGUGCAUACUGUAAGGAAUGUAUACGUCUGAGACGCGGGACGCGCAGGUAAUGGAUGAAAAAUAUGUUGCGGAUAACGUUUGAAAAUUGGGCGAUUUUUAAGCAACUUAACGUUUCCAGCAAAAUCGUGAUAUGCGUUUUUGCUUUUAGCUCGCAACCCUUUAAUUAAAAGCGUUUUUUCUGUUUAAGCUUAAUGGUAUAAGAUUGAACUACAACAAUACAUACAGGUUUAUAUUUCGUAGCUAAAAUCUUGUUGUCUGGUUAAACCAGUAUUCAACCUAUUAGUGUUAGCUUUUUGCCUUGGUAAUGAUCUAACACUGGUAACCUUAUUUGACUACUUGAUUAACUACUCGGAAACGGAUUUUACCGUAAACGUGUAUCCCUAAGUCAUCUGAUAGCUCUUGCUUAGGCUCGAAAACCAUACCAGAUAUGGUGCCUUUGUUUACAUUAUGCACAUGCGCGAUUUCUGUAAUGAAGUAAAUCUGGACCGCGCCAUUCUCGAAAGUAGAACGUCACACAUCGAAUAGGUUCUGCGUCACACUACGGUAAAGUGUGAAUGAGUAUUCGGACCGAAGAGGAAGUGAAUAAGUAGGAACGUGGACUGGAACCCAGUCACUGAGACGGAAGUAAAUGUCUAGGAGUCAGCCGCUAAAUCCUGCAGCAAUAAGGCAAUGUGUGUGAACGACUUGUUCCAGUGCCAGGCUGUUUCUGAUUAUGCUUUACGGGAUAGCUUUUCGUGUCGACACAAAAGUUAUUCGGUAUAGUGUUGAAAUAGCCUUAACCUUUUCACUGCUAGAGUGAAAGUUGAAGUCCCUUAAGGUAAUUCUAACUUUUGAGUCUGUGGACAAAAUCCUGUGAUGUGACCACUCAAAUGAAACCUCUUCAGCAGUACUUUCACAAGGUACUAUUUAUUGAGUAUGUAGUUGUAACUUUUGAGUCUGUGGACGGACAAAAUCCUAUGAUUUGACCAUUCAGAUGAAACCUUUCUGCCUGUACUUUCAAAUGGUACUAUUUGUUUUCAAAAUUUUACAAAACGAAAUUUGGGAAUUUAUUUCGAACUCUGCCCUUGGCCACACUUGGCAAUGAAAGGGUUAACCUCUUAGUAAAAGACUGUUUAUUGAUGGGUAUCAAAUGCAUGUAUUAUGGUCACUUUUCUCUUAAAGGUGACCAUCCAGAUCCCAAUCAGACGUAUGCUGCUGAUCUUCUCGAAUUGCUUAAAGAAGGUGUCCAUCAGAUUGGGGCUGCCUUUGAUGGAGAUGGGGUAAGAUAUGUCUAUCUUUUUCAUUUGUGGCUUUAAUCUCGGCAUCCCAGCAGAGACAACUACAGUUUCUUAAAGUGUAUUUUUUAUAUGACGCGACUUUUUUUUCCUGAUUACGGUCCUUAGAUGAAUUUCAUUUACAAUUUGGAAGGCCCGGCUCCUCGUAAGAUGGUUGAGUGUAACUCAGGAUUAAGCCAAAUUUUAAGCAAGGUUUCCUUGUCUAAGAACAUGUAACUCGAGCUUACAAAAAUUAAUACUGUUGAGCCAUUACUCCAAAAUGCAGUAAAGAUAACACAGGGGCACCCAACGAGGAUAUAGUUCAAAACCACUUAACAUAGCAGUGUUGAACGUAUUUUAGUAUUUAAACGGUAGGUAUAGGCAUAUUUUUAUCCCCUAAAAACUUUUCAUCUGUUGGGAUUUCCUAGCUGAAAGUCUAGUGAUCCGAAAAUUAUAGUGAUCAAAACUUACCUUUUCGAAAAUUUCAGCCAGGAAAAGGCUCCCGAAAAUUCUAGGUGGCCUUUUUCAAGGUAAAUAUCAGUUUAAAAUGGGUAAUUAUACCAUUUUGUAGAUGUUCGAAAAUCCUAGGAGAGGCAGGCAAGCAAGAAAUUUUACAACAAAUGUUCCGAAAAUUCUAGUUCUCAAAUCGUCUUCCAAACAGGCCAAACAGAUAUUUUCCCGAAAAUUGCCGUUGGGUGCCCCUGAUAACACACAAUGUUAUAGUCUAAGCAAUACGUAGGAAAGUUAAAUACUACAUAAACACACUUUUGAUCCUGGAUUAGCGCUAAUCGGCCUUUCAAGAACGGGCCCUGAACUUUAAUGUACCAGAGACCUGGAAUGAGUUACGGAUCAAAGAAAAGCUGAUGACAUCAUGUGACGUCAAUUGAUUUCCUCAGACUUUGCUCCCGAUUCUGGUCAUUGCUUUGUGUUUUAUGAAAUGAAGCGAUCAAGCUGACUGUAACGAAUAUAUAGCGAAGUGAAUGAAGAUUCUGAAGAUAGCUCGGGAAUUUCCGUCUUACUGCCAUCAAAUCAUUCUACGUCAUACUUGUCAAUUUGGCUGCGCGAUAGCGCAGACAUUUCUGGAGGGAAAUUUGCGUGUUUUGAAGGCGAAGAAAAUAGUCUCCGCAAGAUUUUUUGGCUACCUUUAAUUUCAGAUGUAUAUUUUCACAUUUUUUAAGAAUAAAAAACGACAAAUAAAUCGUGUCGUGUAAACUUUAAAUAUUUGUGUCUUAUUCUGUUGCAGGAUCGUAACAUGAUUCUUGGGCAAAAUGCUUUCUUUGUAACUCCAUCAGAUUCUGUUGCUGUCAUCGCAGAUAACGCAAUGUGCAUUCCAUACUUUGCUAAGACUGGAUUGAAAGGUGUCGCCCGCAGCAUGCCCACUAGUGCAGCUAUUGACAGAGUAGGACAGAAAAUGAGAAUUGAGUGUUUUGAAGUCCCCACCGGUAAGAAGUGGAUUAUUUACUCAAACUGGAUCUUAAAUGAACACUAGUGCUGUACUAUUAGCAAGCAACGCCGAAUGAAAAUACCAAAGCUCGCAGAAAGGGCUUAACUCCACUUCCAGUGCUAAAUUUGCCGUUCAGCCAUUGGGCAAGUAGGAUUUUUUAAUGAGCAUGCGCCGCCGUCACUGUCGGCCCAUUCUCUUUGUCAUUCGUACCGUCUUAAAAGGGCCUUGAAUGUUACUUAAAGCUUUUGAAAAGCACUUGAAUUUUUUAUUAAAUCUUAAAAAAAAAAUUGAAAUUUCAGGUAUUUCAUUUCCAUUUUUGCCAUAUUUCCUUUUCGGAGAGCCGUAGUAAACAUGCGACUUCCCACCGGUGAACGUUCAUGCCUCAUCAAAAGUCACACAUAUUGAACAAAUGUUAGUUUAUUUCAGCCAAUUUUGGCCUUGUUUUAACGUUAAUAAAAGGUAUAAGGUACCCACCAUGGCUUUACCGUGCGACAGGGGUGUUAUUUUUGCUUUCACUUGUAAUUAUAUAGCCUAAGUCUUUAAUAUUUGAUUUUCACAUCAUAGGUUGGAAAUUCUUUGGGAAUUUGAUGGAUGCUGAACGCAUUUCUCUUUGUGGGGAGGAAAGUUUUGGAACAGGAUCAGACCACAUCCGAGAAAAGGAUGGUGUCUGGGCAUUCCUUGGUAAGAGUAGUACAUUACUUUUAUCUUGUCUAUAGUGUGGUUGAAUUUUAUCCCUGCUUUAAACUAUAUUUUCACUUAUUUCAAACUCAUUAUUAUCCAUCAACAUACCCAGAAACAAAAGAAAGUAAAAUUGAAACCAAGGACAAAAAUAAUUAAACCACAACAUCUAUUUACACCUAAUUGCAAAAACGUUGUCAUAGAAAAAUGAAAAAAUGGAAAAAGCCAAAUAGGAAUUAAUUAGGCUAAUAAGCCUAACGAAUUUAUUCACAGAAUCCGCGUAUGGACGUCGUAUUUGCCUGUUGGAAUUUGCUAUUGUUUUAAAGCUGAAAGACAAUAAAACUGAAAAUUCCAGCGGGGAAAUGCAACGGCUGCAAAUGAAUCUACCACGAGAAUGUGGCUUAAUUAGCCUAUUAAAUUCCUAUUUGGCUUUUUCCUUUUGUCAUUUUUCUAAGACAACGUUAUUGCAAUUAGGUGUACAUGUAUUCGUUCAGUUCAAGAAAUGUCUGACCUCCAUGGACUUUGGAGAGAAGUCAUGAGCCAUGAAAAUAGUGCGUUAUAGGUCAGUAAUUUCGCUAGGAUUUGGAUACAACCUACAUAAAAUUGAUUGAUAGACUGACGCUAAUAAACAGGGCAAGUUUCUACAUCCUGAUUAUACCCACUGGAAUCGUGUUCAUUACAAGCAAGUUAAGGAAUCCCAACUCAAUCUUUUCUUUACAGUUCUUGAUCUGAAAUUUAUAUCUUACACUGUGUACUUGUACAAAAAUCUUCAUAGAAAAACACCUUGUUGUACGAUGUUGUAUGUUGCUAGACGACCGUUGGAUUAGGUCUGAAUGAGUUCUAUGUUUCGGGUGCAAUGGACUAAGUUGUAACGCUAUGGGCACUAAUUCAAGAAUGUUAUACUCGCAACUUUCUUUGCUUGCGUGACAUUUUUAUAAGCAAAGAUAAGGCUCUUUAAUUGCUUUGUUAGAAGAGGAAAAUACUGAAUUUAGCCGAUGAUCCUUUUCGAUCUAAAUUUUUCAUGCAACACUUUAGGCGGGUUUUGUUUAGUUUUUAAACCGGCACACCUCAUUCAGUAAUGCCCAACGUCAUGCGUUCACCUUAUUUUUUGCACUCAUUAAUUUUGGAUGAUGUUAACUCCUUUUCAAAUUACCUUAAUGACUCUUUAUCAAACAAUAUGCAUAUUUGUUUUCCAAUAAAUGACUUUACGUCUUUGGCGAUCUUAAGCAACGAGGAUGCUGUCGUCAUAAAUGGUAACCGGAAAUGUGUUUUUUCUCUUGAUGGAAUGCUUUCGUAUGACGAAACAAGUUUGAGAGCUUUUGUUUGUCCGAUUGCAAUAUGACUCUAUCGACUCAGACCAUUGAAAAAGAAAAAAGAUCAACUUCCGGUUGUGAUUUUUGAUGUAAGGGACGUCAACGUUUUUGUUGCUUAAACUCGGCAUAUGACUCGACAAUAUUGACGUUAAGUUAGAAAAGUGGAGUUAACCAAAGUGUGACGCGUAGGUGUGUUGAUCAGUUACUAAAUGAAACUUCAGCCGGGUUUGCUAUGGAAUUAUCUAAGUUUUUCAAUCAACGAUUUCAUUCUUCAAUUCCGAGUAAAACAAACUGUACAUGUGUAUAAGGAUUCUUCCAACAGUAUAGGCCUUAUGUAGUAUGUAAAGCCACGCACUGCACGUUUCCUUGAGAUGCCCUGCCAAAGGACGGUCGCUCCAGACGCUUCGGUUUUGAAUCCUGUAACCAUCACUGCCAGCUAAUCUCCUCUAUCACCUCAAUUUUCACCAGUUGUUUGACAUUUUUUAUUUGUUAUUUAUUUGUUUUAUUUAUUAUUAUUAAUUUCUUUUAUAUAUAUAAUUGUAAAAGGUGAACGUGCUGAAAGGUUCGAAUACUAUUCUUGCCCCCUGCUACUGGGUCAAAGACAGGACUCAUGUUUAGUUGUAACAAAACGAAUUUUGAAAACUCAAGGUUUCUUCCCCAUAGGUGCUCUUUGUUUUCUCUUUUCUUCAUUGUGCUUUCUGUCUAACAAACAAGAUAUAUCUUUACUGUCCUGGAAAUAUCAUUCUGUGACCUAGAAAUAGAAAAAAAGAAAAUUAUGGAGUGGUUCUGUGGUACAUGUACAUUUGAGGCUUUUAGAAGAAAUACAAUUGCGUACUUUUUUUUACCUUGAAGACGCUGAUUUAUUUCCUUAUGAACCACUGAUAGUGUAAGCCUUUUAAAUUUUCAAUUUUAAUGCGACUGCAUUAUUUUCAGCUUGGCUUUCCAUCGUAGCGAGUAGAAAGAUGUCUGUUCAGGACAUAAUGAAGGACUUCUGGAAGAAGUACGGCAGGAGCUUCUUCCUAAGGUACGGUAUCUAUUCGUUUAUUUUUGCUUCGAGAGAAUUGUUUCAAGGUACCAUUUUUUUUUUCAGCAUUUUAACAGACAACAGGCUCAUAACCUCUGUCUCACUGACUUUUAAUAAGGUUUCUAGUUCUGUUUUUGUUCUCCAAGCGAGACACCAUGUCGUUGACUUGUUCUUAAAGAGCUUUGAAUUAUGAGAUUUGUUGUAAGCGGGAAUAGCUUCAGUAGUAAGCGUUCGCGUGAGGCAGUGAGCGGACAGUUGAAGCGAUCAAGCGAACAUAAACUAAUGUCAACCCGCCAAGGUAAUGAAUGCGGGUUCGUCAGAGUUGUGAAAGACAUUUUACUGCUUAAAAGUUAUUUUUGCACCUGCAGCUCGCUUUGUUUUCUGUGAGAUUUUAAAUUCCUCUUCUCGUAUCAAGUCGCUUUAUAAGGUAAAGCUGAAUACGUUCCGCUCGAGCACUUUGCCUAUUUAAAUAAAUAGUUUUAAUUAAACUGGCAGUCAAGUUAUCACGUACCGCUCCAAUCCCAAAAAGUGACCAUACUCGUCCUCCAUAAUUUGCUCACUCCAACAUUCAGGUGGUUAGCGGCAUAAAAGAAAGUAUUUUCAGGGAUAGGUGUCUUCAUGCCUGUUCGUGUCAUGAGAAUUGUGCGGGGAACAGUAUGACGUUAUCGACUCAGACCAUUGAAAAAGAAGAAAGAUCAACUUCCGGUUGUGCUUUUUGAUGUAAGGGAAGUCAACCGGCGUUUUCAUUACCUGAAGUCGCCAUAUGACCCGACAAUAUCAGGUUAGAAGAGCGGAGUUAACCAAAGUGUGACGCGUAGGGGGUAAUUUGCUCACUCCAACAUUCAGGUGGUUAGCGGCAUAAAAUAAAUUAAUUUUAAGUGUUGGUGUCUUCAAUUUAUGCCUGUUAAUGUCAUAAGAAUUGUGCGGGGAACAGCCCAGAGAAAGUGUUUAAUAAUAAGAUGCCAAAACUUUAUUUCAUCAACCUUAACACUGGAUUACGAAUCUUUUCUGAAUAUUUGAAUCAGAAUUAUCUUUGAACUGAACAAAAAACAACAUGCCGUCUUGAUUGUCUUCAGUGUUCGUCUUAUUAAAUUGGUUUUAGCUCAAUCGACUCUCCCUUGCCUUGUAGAAACAACUAACCGUCAGGGUUCCAUAUAAAACUAGCUUUGCUAAAGAAGAUGAAAAUUAGCUUUACUAAAGAAGAUGUGUCCUAUACAAAUAUUGAUUUUCAAUAAAUAUAAAUGUUAAACAGCAACCCUUCGUUUAUUGUCUGUUAAAAUGAAGAUGCUUUUCUAUUUAAGCUAGCGCAAAGGCAAGUAAGUUACGUCACUGUUAAACUGAAACAAAAGUCUGUUCAUAAAAUAUAAAAUCUGACACGAAGAGUGUGUGACGCUUUUUUUUUGUCAUUAAAAAUUCCUCUUUUUAUGCUCCUCGCUGGUUUUGUAAUAACAAAAGGUUUGUUUCGUCCACCGUUAUGUACUUACAACUUUAUAUUGAUUGUAGCAGUUAUUCAGUUUCUGUCAUGUGAUGUCAUGUACAAAGAAACAGCUCUAUUUAUAGAAGGCAAUUAAACUUGACAAUGUCAUUCCAUCUCAGUCUUGAGAGUGUGUAGUUUGGAAGUGAAAUUCAAAAUGGCGUCAGAGCUCUGCACUGACACUUUAGGUCACUUGUCGUCACUGAUUCAGUUUCACAGAACUUUUAUGCUGGCGUAUUGUAUUUUAUUGUUGCUAUUUUCUGUGGUGGCAGUUCUUGGAAAUGUUCUUGUUAUUCACGCCUUGUGGAAAGUAUCAUCUAUUCCGUCCAAUAUAAAGAAGCUGUUCUUGAGUCUCGCUUUCUCGGAUCUUGCGGUGGGAAUGUUGCCACAGCUUAUGCUGGGUGUGAACAUCGCAGUGAUGUUAUCUCAGACGUCGAAUGGUGACAGAAACUUGGCCUCGUUUUGCCCAGUAAUCGUUACUGCCUGCUAUUUUUUCAUUUUUCUUCUCUGCAGCGCAUCUUUUCUAACCAUUGCAGCUAUUGCAGUUGACAGACUUCUCGCUAUUUUGUUACAUCUGCGAUAUCGCGAACUCGUCACAUCAAAACGUGUCAAUAUGGCGUUGAUUAUGGUAUGGUUAACAAGUGGUUUUGCUGCCUCUAUAUCCAUUUUACUCACCGUAGGCAACAUGGUCAUCGCAACUGUUCAGUUUAUUUUGCUUCUGUUGACAACUGUGGCAUAUGUCCGUAUCUUUAACGCUGUGAAAUACCAUCACAAUCAAAUACAAAGUCAACUUCAGCUGCAAAGCGUCCAAGUGGUUGAUCUCCUUCGACAGAAAAAGUCCGCCAUGAAUGCUUUGGUUGUUUAUGUAGUUUUCCUUGUUUGUUAUCUUCCAAUUUUCGUCGUUGCAAUAUUAUUGUUAACUUAUGGGGAAGGAAUUUCCAUGCUAGUAGCCAAUUAUAUCGCGAUAUUUUUUGUGUUCCUUAAUUCUUCUUUAAAUCCUCUCGUUUACUAUUCGCGAUAUCGAGAAAUUCGUAUCAUUAUGAGAAACACAAUAAAAAAGUAACUUACCAUGUCGAUACAUAAACGAGAAAAGAUCGUAGCGAAUGAUUUCAAUCAUUGGCUUUGGUAUAAUUUUUACACUGGCAAACAAGUGUUCUUAUUUAUUAACUGUAUUGCAGAGAAUCAUCGCGCCGAAGCAAGCUAUGAGGUGUGUGUGCGUGAUAAAAGAGAUACAUAUUACAAAUAUAUUACAAAUCUGAAUUAAAGCAACCAAGUUACCCGUAUUUAUCUGUUUUUGCCUCAAAUUUUGCAUUUAAACAGAUUUUGAUAUAUGUAUUUUUUAUUUUAUACCAUUUCCUUGUGGGCAAUAUUCUUGAUCUUGCGCUAAUAAAAUAAAUAUCGUAAACUUUAAAAUCGUAGUAUUAAACUGUAUUCGAACUGCAGAUGAUCGCAGAUCGCUUGAAACAUUUCUUGCUUUUGGAGCUUGGUUUGUCUGCUAUUUUCCAGACCAGCUGGGAACUUUUAAAUCAAAAAUAGUGAUUCACUACGCCCCAUUGACUAAAUCAUUUUCUAGCAUGUUUUGCAAUUAUGAUUUAUUUAACCGUUCAGUAGUUGUUUUAAAAGAAACGGCAAAGUAGUGAGAUUUUGUUUUUUAAAGUUUUAUCGCUUAAAUUCAGCAAGAGAUUCCCUGCAUUUUAAUUGCUAAAGGAGAAAACGUCCCUUUCAACGUAAACUGGUGUCCGUUAGUGUUAAGAAAAAACAAGUAAACAAACGAAAACAGAAGAAACAUGUACAUUGCAAAUUUGCAUUAAUAAUGACAUUGGAACUAAGUCUGUUCUUGUUAAAAUCACAAGUAUAACUUGAGUUUAAAACUGUACGACACGAAGUUCAUCCUGAUUGGACAUCGCCUAAUUAAGCUGCCUAAAUACAGGAUAUUUUAUUGAUACAGUAACUGGUUUGUAAAAAAGUAUAUGUCAAAAAAAUGUGAACCGCUCACGGUUUUACUUCUGUAUUUAUUUUGGUAUGCAACACAGAAAUAAUGCGUCUUAGGUUAAAAUGAUGCUUCAGAAAUGGUGCGAUUUAGAACAGAAAUGGUGCGAUUCGUGAAUAAAUAUCACGUUGCUGAGAGCGAACCAGUAUUUUCAAAAUGGUUUCCAUGAAAAUACUAAACGGUUAUUAUUGGCCCUAUAUCCCUGUUCAAGGCAAAUGGGUUGUACUGUGCCUUUUUAUGUCUGCUUUUAAGCGGUCUUUUUGGAAUACGAAAGAAGAGGAAAUCUUGUUAGUGCCGUGAGAGAUUUAAAAAAUUAUAUAUUGGGUUAUGUGUAUUCUAAUGGAAACUUUGAGUUGCUUUUGUGUUAUUAGCGUGGGAAGGGUAAUAUUGUAUGUGCUGUUACCCUUAAGUUUUUGCUUGUUAAGUGUGUGAUAUAAUUGUCGUUUCCUGUUACGUUAUUUUGCUUAACCUCCUACCGCUGGCACACUGGUUUCUUGACUUUGUUAUUGUUACAUGGCGAAAAGAGCUAUAUUAUUAACUGUCGCUCAAUAUUAGUAAUUUGCGUUGGGGUUAAGGCUUUGAAAGAAUGGCGCACUUCCACCUUGAAGCUCAUUUUGUUCGGAAACAACCAGAUAUGAAAGAAUAAAUCAGGUUUUCCCUCUGUACUACUUGCAACCUCUACAGUCUUAACUGAAGCUGAUGGACACUAGACAGCUGGGCCAAUAGUAUGGACCAUAAAAGCGUUCAACUGGUGUUGUUUUUCUGGAUCUCAAGCAGGUGUUUGACAGAAUCGACCUUACAUGAUAAAUAUUAAUUUCAAAAUUAUUUCACGAUGGAAUACAUAGGAAAGGUUACAAAUGGUUACCCUGAGAACGGACCUCUGGAGUCAGGAUAACAAAUGGCUCAAGCCUCUUUUUGGCGGACGAUUCUUACAGGGGCCUGCCCAAACUGUGUAACCACGCAUUUGCCACAGUUGCAAAUGUAUACGAAAUAGAUCGAGAAACCGAUAAGUUAGCUCUAUUGUGAAAUAUAGUGAAACCUCUACAGAAGUAACCGGCCAACUCUCAACAACAGCCGUCUGACUACAAUGACCAUUGCAUUUACUGUCCGGACGGAUGGUCCGUAAACAGUAGAAUCCCUCUCUACAGACACCCGUAUUACGGACAAUUCCGCUUCUCCCAACAUACGGACACCGGACAACACGGACAUUUUUCGUGGUCAUUUGCAUAUCUCCCAAGAUGUCGUCAACCGCCGUCUACUGACGCUGUAUAUCUGCAUACUGUCUAUGACUGAAUAUCUUACCAGUGAAAACCCGAGUAACCAAAACGGUGUAUGACCCUUCAGAGCACGGGCGUAGCUGGGGGGCGGGGAGCCUGGCUUGCCCGUGAACCCCCCCCCCCCCCCCCCCCCGGCCCUUCUUCUCCUAUUUUCUUUUUGUGGGUGGGAGCUGUGGGGUUGGCAUCCUCAAAAAAGAGGAAGAGGUUUUUUUUUUUGCUGUGGUACUUCCUUACCACUUUCUGGUCGGUUCGGUCUCGUUAGGUGCCCCCCCCGCCCCCCUCUUUUUUUUUAUUGGGGGAACUUUUUUCUUCUUUGUUGUUGUGGUUUUGUUGUAGGCUUUGCCGUCCCCCCCGCUCGCUGCUAAUCCGAAAAAAAAAGUCACCUUUGGUAACACACGGGGGGGAUGUCGACUGGCCAAUCGGAUAAGUACUUUUGGGGUGGCACAGUGUGGCCCUCCCCCCCCCCCCUGUGAAAAAUCCUAGCUACGCCCCUGUAGUGGUUCUCUCCAGAAUACAGGCCACCUGGCUGAGUCGCAAACUAACACCGUCAUUACGUAGUUAAGUCGCAUGUUCCACUGUCGUGUUGUAAGAACGGCAUUGAUCAACAUUUAGGAUGAAUUCGAUCGCUGCAUUUGCAUGUGACCGUCUCAUUUGCCAGUUGAAGUUUUCUUUUAUUGUUUUUCACCGUCACUGCGCAAGCACGACGUGAAAGACCAAAUUUAAGUUCACUUGGGAACGUAAACGGCAGGUUGAUAAAUUUUGCUGAAUCUUUCUGAGCUAGGAAACAGUCAACUCGUUGACGCUUCGGUCGUCAACUCUGUUGCAUCUCACCUCUUCAUGAUCUGCAAAAUCUGGCGAUUAAGCUUAUACUUCAUCCGACUCAUAAACAGGCCUUUGCUGGGCCGGAGAGUACCAGGGUGGAACUUCAUCUAUGAGUCCCAGGUCACACAGCAUCUCGUAGAAAAGUACCUUAAAGUAGAGUCAUGUCGGGAAAGGUACUUGCUCUGUGCCAGCGCACCGGUCCCAGAUAAGAUGUGAGCCAGUGGCCUUACCACACAUUUUGCACAACGUCUCGUGGUGCGAACACUGACUUGCAUUUAAUCGAGUUGCUAAUAGUUGUUCCUACAGCUCAAACAUUCCGGUGAUUGUGUGUGUUGGAGAGGACUUCCACUCUCUGUCAGCCACCAAAAGCAUGCACUACCGCUCACUUUCUCGUCCUGUAGCGUAGCUGUAACGAGACUUCCUUGCCAUCGCUGAUUUCUAACUUCUUCUUCUAGCCUCUCUACUUGACAAUUUCGCAGUUCCGUCUUGACCGUACGGAAAUCGAUCUCCCGUAUAUCUACUAUAAUUUAUAUUGAUAACCUCAAGAUUUUCGCUGCACCUGAGAGUAAACUUAAUCGGGUCAUGAACAUGGUGGAAACGACUGUGGAAGAUGUGGAGCUACAGUGGAACCCCAAGAAGUCUGCAGUGGCUCAUAUGAGAAGGGGAGUGCAUGUGAGUGAUAACUCGGGGAUGAUAUUGGAUGGCAUGGCCAGGAUAGGUCAGUAACCUGAAAACUGAUGGGUUUUGACAGUUUGUAUCCCUUGGUAGCACUGAUCUUCCAGACUAUUGGUUGUAAGCACUCAGUAAACAGUCUCGGGUAUAGCGCAUCUCAUUGGGGCAACCCUUUACUGAAUCUUAUCGGUUCGGAGCUUUCCCUCCCUUUCCUUGUGACAACCAUCACCCACCUGUUCCAACUCCUACAAAGUUUGGCAAUAACCCUACACAACCAGACCGGAAACUUGUGUAACAACAUUAUCCCAUUUAACCAGCCAUGAUCCACUGAAUCAUACGCUUUCUUAACAUCAAUCCAUGCCAUUUAAGGAUUUUGAGACAACCUUCGCAUUUUUGUUGAAUUCGCUCACCAACCACUACUUUGGUCAAUUUCUGGUCAGGCUCGUUUUUCCUAAUGACGACCGGAGCUUAUUAUUUUUUGCUUUUUGCUACUCAAGCCUGUAAGCAAAGUUUGACCCCUUCGGAACCUUUCAACGUUUAAAAUUUUCCAUUUUUUUUUUUUUUCGGCAAAUCAGCCGCAGUUUUCUCAUGUUUGUUUGUCUUCUUUGUGAGAGGUGACCCAUAAGAGGGAUUCAAACCCGCGGUCCUAAAACCCGAAACCCAUCGCUUAUACCACUACACCAGAGUGGUUUCGACUGCAAGUUAUGUUUUCGUUUUACAUAUUUAUAGUGACAAACCUAACAGUAAAUGAAGGCUAACUAUUUCGAGUCAGUGCUUAGCCCUAAUCACUAUUGCCAGUUCUUAACCCUAAUCACUAUUUUCAUUGCUUAACCCUAGUCACUCUUAAUGUUUUUCGUGAAGUUUUAAAAUGACAUAACCUAAGAGCUUAGAAAUAAAGAUAUUACGUAUUCAGCGUUAAGUCCGGUUUCCAUAUGAUCCCUACGAUCGCUGAGAAAAAAAAGGUUCAGCAAUCGCAGCGAUCAUAGCGAUCAUAUGGAAGCCACUCUCCAGCGAUCGCAGCAAUAACGAUCGCUGUGAUAGCGAUCAUAUGGAAACACAAUGCAAAACAAGUAACAAUUGCCUGUACACAGUAGCGCAAAAUGGCGCCUAGUCGUUGUUGUUGUUGUUUUUUAUUAACCGCAAAAAUAAAUGUCUUACUAAUUUGCCCGUUUUUUUUGUUUCUGUCUCGUUCAAUUGUUAGUUGUUGCUACAGUUUGCACCCCUGCUCUGAACAGCUGUAUUAGGAUUGCGUUUUAAAGUCAGUAAUAGCGAAGUAUUUUAAAAUAUUAAUCUUCCGCUCUGCUCUUUUAUUCUUGUAAAGCCAAUUUCAAACAUCAUUCUUCAAGUAAUUAAUACAAACUGUUUGCCGGCAGCGACAAAAUAAUUCUUUCAUUCGUCCAAUUAAAGCUGCUUAAUAAAUAUGUUAAUAUUUAUUUUAGUGAAGAUUGUCUUUAGGAAAGGCCACCUGCAUUAUCAGGGAAGCCAAUCGAAUCUGGCCCAACCGUACUUUAAACCUCUUAGUAGAAUUUCUCUAUGGCUUCCAAGUUUUGCACUCGAACGUUAAAAAUUCUAUCAGAUCUUGUCCAGUUUCACUCAGCUUUUAUGCUUGCUGGUUAAUGUAUUUUUAACCUGGUAUUUUCUGUUGUGGCUGUUCUUGGAAAUCUUUUAAUUAUUCACGCCUUAUGGAAAUCUUCGUCGGUACCGGCCACAGUGAAGAAGUUGUUCCUGAGUCUCGCUCUCUCGGAUCUUGCGGUAGGAAUGUUGCCGCAACUGAUGUGGGGCAUUGUUAUGGCAGUGAUGUUGUCGAAGACAUCGAAUGGUGACAGUAACAUUGCCUCGUUUUGUCCAGGAAUUGUCACUACCUGCUAUUUCUUCACUUUUUCCCUCUGUUGCGCAUCUUUUCUUACCAUUGCAGCUAUUGCAGUUGACAGACUUCUCGCUAUUUUGUUGCACCUACGAUAUCGCGAACUCGUAACAUCAAAACGCGUAAAUGUGGCGUUGAUUAUGCUUUGGUUAACAAGUGGUGUCGCAGCCUCAGUAUCCAUUUUUUUCACCGUAGCCAACAUGAUCAUCGCAACUUUUCAAGUCAUUUUACUUCUAUUAACAACCGUGGCGUAUAUUCGUAUUUAUGAAGUUGUGAGAUAUCAUCGCAUUCAAAUACAAAGUCACUUAGGCUGCAAAACUUUGAUGUAGAGGAUUUACGUCGUCAAAAGAAAUCCGCUUGGAAUGCUUUGAUCGUUUAUGUAACAUUUCUGUUUUGUUAUCUUCCCUUUUUUGUGUCUGUAUUAAUUGUGCUCAUUUAUGGUGAUGGGAUGUCGCCAUUGAUAGCUAAUUAUGCCACGUUGCUUGUUAUUUUCUUGAAUUUAUCUUUGAACCCUUUAGUUUACGGUUGGCGUUAUCGCGGAGAAAUUCGCAAUAUUGUAAGAAGUAGUUUGAAAAAAGUAAUUCACUUGAGGGAAGAUAGGGCAUAGACGACCAGUCGUUUUGCUAUUGCAUUAUCGCCCCAUGUAUGGGAAUCCCGAGUCCGGAAUCUGGGAAAACUUUUUGCUUGUGGAAUCCGGAACUCAGCAAUGUUUUGCUGUGAAAUCUGAAAUACAGGACAAGAAAUACGGAAUCCCACUAACCAUUGCAAUCAGGAAUCCAAGUUCCACUGACAGAAAGUCUGGAAUUUGGAUUCGGAAUCCGGGAUCCACGACAUAGAAUCAAGAAUCUAAAACUGUCUUGUAUUCUCUUACAUGAGACGAGCCUUAAAUUAAUACGGCCACAGAAAACCUAACUUUUCUUUAGUUGAAGUACGAUUUAGGAGCUUAGCGAGACAUGACAAGAAAAGGCUUUAACAGCUUUGUAUAGUUCGUAUAAUAUAUAACCUUCUUGGCGUCCAAAUCUAAUCUACGAUGCCAUGGUUUGGAAAAUAAAGGAAAACGAAUGCUACCGACAAAAUUAAGUGAAUAAAUAUCUAUGGGAGAGAAGAACAAGAGUUAAAACAAAAUAAAACAAACUGCGAAUUGUAAAGAAGAAUUGCUUUAUCUUGCUGUUUCAUUACAGACAAUAACAUAGCAGAAAAAGUGGAUAAUGUCUAGAUAAAAAUAGAUGAAUUUAAACUCAGCUAUGAGGAGUAUAAUUUUUACUCCCAUUGUGAUGGACUACCAAUCUUCAUACGAGUUCGCCCUCAGCUUCUAAGACACGGAAGGGAAGUGUCCCGACCAAUUCUUGAAAACCAUUUCUUUUUACGUUUAUGUCCUGGAUUUUGGAGACCGAGGAUCGAGUAUUUUUGCGGUAGGGAAAAAUACCUUCUUCAGAUUAGAGUGGAAAAGGACAUUACUUUUAUCCCACAUUGUGUCAGCUAGCAGUUUAUAGUGCAAACAGUCCAAAGGUAAAAUCUGAAAAUGCUAAAAAAAUAAAUGGGAUCGCGUAAUCACGUCUUUUACCAAAACGCAUAAAACGCGAAUCAAAAGCUAAAUAAAAGUGUUUUUUUCGCUUGUCUUCAUGCAAUUAGCUCAUAGCGCAAAUAGGAAGUGGUAAGUGAGUUUCCAAUGUUCAUUAGUGUCUAUUGCGGAACAAAAUGGCUUAAGAUUGAUAAAGACGCUAAAGUUUAACUGAAUUUUAACGGUAGGUGCACGCUGUGAUUUUUGCGUGAAGCCAAUGUUUCAUAAAGCCACCCAGAUAUGCAACGUAUUCUUUACCUUUUUUUUUUACUUUUACUUCAAUAUAUAUAGUUUUUCUAAUGAGAAUAGAGCAUUUUAGUAUCGUCAGCAAACAAAUAACAAAUUAAACUUAUCAAGAGCCAUAAUCUAUGGCUCUUUAACUUAUUUCAAAUAGAACACAUGUCAUUGACAUAGAGAAAAAGUAACGGUGCCAAUACAAAACCGUCAGAAGCCUCACAGAUAGCGGUUGUUCUUCCAGAAGGCAUUUGCUAACUACUGUCACUUGUGUUCUCCCCCUUAAACGGAAUUCAAGCCAUUCUUGUUGUUUCCUCCCGAAACGAUAAAUACCCAACAAAAAAAGGCCUCUAUGUGCAUAUUUUAUUGGAUUGCCUUAAUUAUUUCAAGGAUCGUGUGUUCCUUUAAAUGAGCUUGCCAAAAGCCAUAUUGAUGUACACUUGAGAUACGCGGCCAAGGUUAAUAGACUUAUUGAAGGUAUUUGCGGCGACAUCUCGUAUAAAAUUGCUUGGUUGGAGUAUUAAAAGGCCGUGUGAUUUAUCAUUGAAGGUAAAAAAAUGAUGUCGUGGGUGAUUGGUUUCUGUUACGACAUUCAGCAGGGAAGUGCCGAUUUCUACGUUUUGGCAGCUGUAGUGCCAAGUUAAGGCAUAUACUAGAAAAACUCUGAUUCAUAGAUAUUUGCAAUCUGUGAAAUACUACUAUAAUUGCUGUUUAGCUGUUUUAAAGUAGUUUAAAAUAAAUCAACAUCAAAUAAAUCAAAAGACUUUGUGCUCCACCAUUGAAAGCUUGAUUUUCUUCGCGAAGACAACCCGUUAUUGUGCUCUCCAAAUCACCAAGGUUAGUCGCCUGUUUCCAAAGGAUAGAGCAGGUUGGAUCCUAGGAUCCAAUAAUAAUAAUGCGCAAAGAGGGAUACGCACGAAAUGUUGAAUAAGUAUAGCAGCGGUGCUGCAUAAAUGUUUUGACCUUGAAUGUGAAUGAAUAUAUUCGUGAAGAAGAAUUUAAUAUAGCAACACUGUUGAAUAAAAAAUUUGACCUUGAAUGUAAAUAAAUAUAAUGUUAUUGUGUUUUAAGGUAAAAGUGCAAUUAUAACAUGCCCGCGGGUAGCUAAGCUAAUCUAGGCGGGUCACGUUUACAAGAAAUAAAUACAACUAAUACAACUAAAAGUAACAAGAGAACUAAAGAAACUAAAAUUGACAGCAAUGACUAGAAACUACUCAUAAACUAACGGUAUUACUAAUCAUAAAUGACAAUACUUUCACUUUGUCUCCCAUCAGUCAACGAAGAAAAAAAAAUGAUCUAAACUAGCCUAGCAACAAAUACACAUGCGAGAACGCGGAGCGCUCGCUGAAGCAAAUGUGAAUGAAUAUAUUCGUUACUGAGAAAUGUUUCGUUGAAUGUGAAUUCGUGUACAUGUUGUAUGACAACGUAGUUGUUGAACGUAAAUGAAUAUAUUCGUGAACAAGAAUGAAAUCAUUAAAUGUGAAUGAAUAUGGAAUUUGUGAAUUUUGCACAAUUUCGCUAACCGUCCUAAUAUAAUUUGCCUUUUAUUAUUUCGGCUGUCUGCUUCAACUGUCAGUUAUUCCUACAAUGUGUACCCCUGUUCUAAACAGCUGUAUUAGGAUUGCGUUUUAAAGUCAGCAAAAGCGAAGUAUUUUGAAAUAUUAAUCUUCCGCUCCGCCUUUUUAUUCUUGUAAAGCCAAUUUCAAACAUCAUUCUUCAAGCAAUUAAUUGAAACUGUUUCCCGGCAACGACACAAAAUAAUUCUUUCAUUCGUCCAAUUAAAGCUGCUUAAUAAAUAUGUUAAUAUUUAUUUUCGUCAAGAUUUUCUUUAGAAAAGGCCACCUGCAUUAUCAGGGAAGCCAAUCAGAUUUGGCCCAAUGGUACUUUAAACCUCUUACUAGAAUUUCGCUAUGGCUUCCAAGUUUUGCACUCGAACGUUAAAAAUUCUAUCAGAUCUUGUCCAGUUUCACUCAGCUUUUAUGCUUGCUUGUUACUGUAUUUUUAACCUGAUAUUUUCUGUUGUGGCUGUUCUUGGAAAUCUUUUAGUUAUUCACGCCUUAUGGAAAUCUUCAUCGAUACCGGCCACAGUGAAGAAGUUGUUCCUGAGUCUCGCUCUCUCGGAUUUUGCGGUAGGAAUGUUGCCGCAACUGAUGUGGGGCAUUAUUAUCGCAGUGAUGUUAUCGAAGACAUCGAAUGGUGACAGUAACUUUGCCUCGUUCUGUCCAGUUAUUGUAACUACCUGCUAUUUCUUUACUUUUUCCCUCUGUUCUGCAUCUUUUUUCACCAUUGCAGCUAUUGCCGUUGACAGACUUCUCGCUAUUUCGUUGCAUCUGCGAUAUCACGAACUCGUUACAUCAAAACGUAUCAAUAUGGUGUUGAUUAUGCUUUGGUUUACAAGUGGUGUCACAGCCUCGAUAUCCAUUUUAUUCCCCGUAGCCAACAAGAUCAUCGUAACUUUUCAAGUCAUUUUACUUCUAUUAACAACCGUGGCGUAUAUUCGUAUUUAUAAAGUUGUGAGAUAUCAUCGCUUUCAAAUACAAAGUCAAAUUCAGCUGCAAAACUUUGAAGUAGAGGAUUUACGUCGUCAAAAGAAAUCCGCUUGGAAUGCUUUGAUCGUUUAUGUAACAUUUCUGUUUUGUUAUCUUCCAUUUUUUGUCUCUGUAUUAAUUGUGCUCAUUUAUAGCGAAGGGAUGUCGCCAUUGAUAGCUAAUUAUGCCACGUUGCUUGUUAUUUUCUUGAAUUCAUCUUUUAACCCUUUUGUUUACUGUUGGCGUUAUCGAGAAAUUCGCAACAUUGUAAGAAGUAGUUUGAAAAAAGUAAUUCACGUGAAGGAAGAUAGGGCAUAGACAACCAGUCGUUUCGCCAUUGCAUUAUCGCCCCAUGUAAGGGAAUCGCGAUUCCAGAAUCUGGGAAAACUUUUGUUAGUGGAAUCCGGAAUUCAGCAAUGUUUUGCUGUGAAAUCUGGAAUCCUGGGCUAUGAGGAGUAUGAUUUUUACUCCCAUUGUGAUGGACUACCAAUCUUCAUAGGAUUUCGGCGUUAGCUUUUAAGAUACGGAAUGGAGGAACCUAUCUUUUGGAAGUGUCCUGAGAUUUGUUGGUACUUCAUUCCAUAGAAUUGCACCAGUUCUUUAAGACCAUUUCUUUUUAAGUUUGUCUUUGAUUUUGGAGACCGAGGAUCGAGUAUUUUAGCAUUUUUUUCGCGGUAGGGAAAAAUACCUUCUUCAGAUUGGAGUGGAAAAGGACAUUACUUUUAUCCCACAUUGUCUGAGCUAGCAGUUUAUAGUGCAAAGAGCCCAAAGGUAAAAUCUGAAAAUGCUAAAAAAAUAAUGGGAUUGCGUAAUCACGUCUUUUACUAAAAUGCAUAAAACGAGAAUCAAAGGCUAAAUAAAAGGUUAUUUUUUUCGCUUGUCUUCAUGCAAUUAGCUCAUAGCGCAAAUGGGGAGUGGUAAGUGAGUUUCCGGUGUUUAUUAGUAUCUAGUGCGGAACAAAAUGGCUUAAGUUUGAUAAAGAUGCUAAAGUUUAACUGAAUUUUAACGGUAGGUACUCGAUGUGAUUUUUGCAUGAAGCUAAUAUUUCAUAAAGCCACCCAGAUAUGUAACGUAUUCUUUACCUUUUUUUUAACUUUUACUUCAAUAUAUAUAUUUUUUUCUAAUGAGAAUAGAGCAUUUUAGUAUCGCCAGCAAACAGAUAACAAUUUAACUUGACUUAACUAUUUAACUAUGGCUCUUGAACUUAUUUGAAAUAGAACACAUGUCAUUGACAUAGGGAAAAAGUAACGAUGCUAAUACAAAACCGUCAGAAGCCUCACAGAUAGCGGUUGUUCUUCCAGAAGGCAUUUGCUAAACUACUGUCACUUGUGUUCUCCCCCUUAAACGGAAUUCAAGCCAUUUUUGUUGUUAUCUCCCGAAAACAUUAAAUACCAACAAAAAAGGCCUCUAUGUGCAUAUUUGGAUUUCCUUAAUUAUUUCAAGGAUCGUGUGUUCUGUUAAGUGACCUUGUCAAAAGCCAUAUUGAUACAACCUAAGGUGUUUCGAUACAGUUUUCGCAGACCGUACCGAUGUUUUUUUUUUAAUCGCCUUACAAGAGACUUUAUCCCUGUCCGAUCGCCACAAAAUUUUCACCUGUUUAUCACUAUGAAAAAAAUAAACAAAAAAAAUGAAAAUCGAUGAAAUCCGAAGUUCGCGCGAUCUAGACCUGCUACUGAAAAUCCGACACCAGGAACUUGUGUGUGUGGUGUUUAGCAAUUAACCUCCGUGAAAAGUAAAAACUUCUGUAUGUUUGAAUUCAAGUAAAACGUAAAUAUAUUUCAAACCUUAUAUUUUCAAUAGCCGUGAUAAAUAGGUUAUUUGCACGAUGGCGUCAUUUUACUACCACGACCAUAAUCCUUUCCGUUUUUCCUUUCAUAUUUAAAUUUUGUAAUCCCAGUGAGGUUUGAAUAACAAAAGCCCUAAUUUGCACAAGAAAGCAAAACCCUGAAGGAUUCUGGUCGUAGUAGGAAAAUGAUGUCAUAGUGCAAAUGGCCUAUUGUUUAACAAAAAGGUCUAAGUAACUCAAAUUAAUCUUAAGUAGCGUCAGAUGGCUGCUUAAUAUCAUAUUUCGAUAUUUGGAAAUUUUGGUGUAUUUCCUUUUUGCGAUCCUGAAAACUAAUCGUUUUCUCACCACCUGUAUAAAGGCAAUUCAUUCUAAAUUUUGACUUCAAUUCAUAGUCAAUCACUAGUGAAAAUUUUGUGGCGAUCAGGCAAGGAUAAAAUCUCUUUUAAGGCGAUUGAAAAACAUCGGGUGUGGUCUCCGAGAAACUGUAUCGAAACGCCUUAAUAUACGCGGCCAAGGUCAAUAGACUUAUGGAAGGUAUUUGCGGCGACAUCGCUUAUAAAAUUGCUUGGUUGGAGUAUUAAAAAGCCGUGUAAUUUAUUAUUGAAGUACUUGAAGGUAAAAAAAAAUGAUGCCGCGGAUGAUUGGUUUUUGUCACGACAUUCAGGGAAGUGAAUUUCCGGGUUUUGGCAGCUGUAGUGCCAAUACUAGAAAAGUUCCGAUUCAUAGAUAUUUGCAUUGUGUGAAACUCUAGUAUUGCUGUCUGGCUGUUUUAAAGUAUAAGUAGCCACCAGCGUUUCGGGAAUAUUAUUAUCCGAUUAUUACCGUCAACUUGAGUCCCUGAUAUUCCAAAUUGCUGACGUAUUCAGUGAUGAAAGCCGAAGAUGAAGGUACUUCGCCUUUGUUUCUUCUGUCGUGGCCGGCCUGCAAAUUUGACGCACGUAGUUAGUCUGUAGAUAGAUCCUCAAAUUGGACUCCGCAAAAAAAAAAAAAAUUCCCAUCCGCUAAUAGCCCCCUUCUUGUUAAAAUAAUUAAAUAGCGUGCACUUAAUUCAUUUUUUCACUCACAGUCUUGUCGUCAAUGAAAGCGACUAAGUAGACAUAAGUAUCCUCUCCUUACGAAAUAGGGAGGUCAGGGCAGUGAACACUAAUAUAAAAAAUCUAAAACCAAUCUUUUAAUGAGAGAUUAAAACUUUGAGAAAAUUCACGGCGUUUUCUAAAUUGACAGAAGAGCUCAGCAAUAUAGCAGCUACUGUCCUUGCCAUUUUUGACCCCAGGGCUCUUCUUCUUUUGUGCGUGAUUAUGGACGAGAAAGGCGCGAGCUCUGGGGUCGAGGAUGUUGUACUCGCGCGUUAUCUUAAAUUCAGCCAGAGCCCUCUAUCCAAUGGCGGUGGCCAAAGGGAUCUCAGCUGCUGAGCGGAGAAUUUGCUAAACUUCUUCAAUGCGUAAAGUGCCCACAAAAGGUAGUGGUAUUUUUCCCUGUCUUUCUCAAUGAAGAGAAGGUUGCAGUUGUUGGAUGUACAUUGCCUUCGUAGUGACUAUCAUAAACCAGAUUGGCGCAGUUCUUUAGAUCCCUCCAUGGUGGCCAGUACACUGAUUUCAUAAAUACCGCGUUUUCGUUUGUGCAACACGACAGAUUUUUAUCACAGGUAACUCAGGCUCUGUGAUAGUACCACAGUACGGUUCCAGUAAAAUUAAAGUGUUUUUAUGGGGUAAAAAUAUCAUCCUAAAAUUUCUAGGAAAUACUAAAUAAAGGUCGAUAAAACUUGCUCUGCAGUUAAUUGUUGUUGUCCUUAUUGCUCCAACGAAGUUUCGUGAUAAUUUGCAGUAAUUUGUUUAAAUUCACUCUAUCUACAAUAAUAAUAUACAAGGUAGGAAACACGAGGUGCCAUUUUCGCCGACAUGCUCUCAUUCAACACAACUUUUUCCACGAAAUUCGAACUCCAACGGAAAAUAAACAUGCCAGGAUCGUAGAAAUAGGAUAGCAGCAGGUAUAGAAACCAAUGAAGCUUUCCCAGAUAGAGAAACGAAUCCCACAGACUUUGACAAACUCGAAGAAUAUAAUCCAAACAGACCGAGAAUACGCUCGCCGAAGCAGCCGGGCCAGAUCAACACGCGGCCAAGAAAAUGAGGCCUGGGCACUGUACAAAAAAAUUCCAUCCCAGGGGACCUGGGGUGACCUUUCUAGGGACCGAUACAUUAUUUGCCCAAAGCCACCCUCCCCUGCUGGAAAAAUACUUGAUAGAAGGCAAUUGUACUGUGGUACUAUCACAGAGCCUGGGUUACCUGUGAUUUUUAUAAACUAACCCAUGUAUAAAUAGGAAUGAAGAUUAGCAAACAAUAGACCUAUUCGGCUAAUUAAAUGUUGUACUCAAUUCAAACCCUUUGGGGAUAAAACGUUUUGUUUCUGGAAUUUCCAUGUCAUUUAAAUGUGAAUGCAACAUUUUAAUGGAAAUACAGUACACAAAGAAUCUUAACCCCGGGAGAUUUAAAUUGGGUACAACAUUGAGUUUAGCCGAAUAGAUCUAUACUGGACCCCUGGCCUCAGUUGUGCAAAUGAUUGAUAAUGAUUUUUACUGGGUAUAUUUUAUUCAGUAAAUAACGCAACUUCUCUCUUCAACUCUCAUCCACUAAAUAGUGAUUUCAUGUUUCUAGAUGCGACUACGAGAACGUCGACUCUGAAGCCGCCAACAAAGUGAUAGAAGUCCUGCGGAAAGCAGUUGAGGAUAGCUCUCUAGUCAAUAAGACAUUGACAGGCGGAAGUGGCAAAGAACAGAAGUCAUAUCAAGUCAAGUCAACAGAUGAUUUCUCUUACACAGAUCCCAUUGAUGGAAGUCUGACAAGCAAACAGGUAGUGUUUGCAGAAAUUAUUUCUUAGCCAAUCAGAAGCGGAGAAUUCAAAUGCUUCUUUAACCUGUUCGGAAAAAGAAAGGCUGUGUCAUCAAUAUACCAGAUGGUUUAUCAUGUGGACAUGAAAAAUACCAAAUGUAAAAAAAAUCAUCACAGUUACAUACGCAGCUUAUUCACUUGCGAAAAGAAGGCCUGAAAAUAUUCAGGCUUACCGGAAUUCGAAGCCUGACCUCAACGAUACCGGUGCAACGCUCUUACCAAUUAAGCUAACAAACCAAAUGGGAGCUGGUUGUUAAAUUGGUUCGUAAAGACACGACAUGCCCGGGUUCGAUUCUGGGUGGUGACUAUCUUUCUUUUCUAAAAGAAAAGAAUUAAGAGCUGAUCGAUGCUUAUAUUGGCCUGGAAAAUACUCCUGCCGGGUAUGAACAGGUGUUCAUACUCUUACAUACGCAAACCCAUCCGGUAUGUGACGAUCCACCUUCAAGAUCGGCGAAGCGCAGCCUCCCUACGUCUCAGAAACCGCGCCAAAAUCACCGAUCUUAUUAUGUGUAAAGCGAAGUCCCAUCCCAUACGGUUUUAGUGCCGGUGGAGCACCACUGGUAAUCAAGCCUUUAGUCAUGAUGGAUGUAACAUAUUCCCUGGAUUAAGUUACAAUAACGCAAAUAAUAGGUUUUUGAAUAAUCUUAGAAAGAACAACUCUGAAGCCCAAGUUGAAUGUACGUUAAAAAGUAUGGAAAGGGUCACCUGUUAUUUAUGAGGUUAGGAUACGAAAGGUCCGGGUUCCGGGCCCAGGUUCGAACCUGGGUUGCGAUUUUCUUUCUUUAUAAUAGAAACGCUUUCAGUAAUAGGCCAAGUGUCUUAAAAAUGACAGCGACCGUUUACAAAAGGGACACUCUGCGUCGGCGCAAGAGCUAGUUGGCAUAGUGUUGAUAUAGCCUAAGUUGUUAGGUGUUCUCGCUAAUGUCCGUUGUCCGUUGAUUAGAGAAGUUUCGAGGAAGGUUUCGACAAUAUUUUUUUGUAAAUUUAUUUUUGUUGCUUUAGGGAAUCCGUGUAAUCUUCACUGACGGAUCGCGCCUGAUUUUUCGGCUGAGUGGCACGGGGAGCACCAAUGCAACAAUCCGAGUUUACGUUGAAAGCUAUGAGCCAGAUGAAUCAAAACAUAUGCAGGAGGCUAAGGUAUGUAGUGGUUUGAAUGUUGUUGAUGUCACUAUCAAGAUUUAACCUGAUGAGAUGAAAAGUUCGAAAUUCAUAUAUUGUUAGUAUUACAGUCGAACAUGCAUAUGUCACCCCCUCUCGUAAGUAACCAACUCUCAUGAGCGACUGCCUACCCAAAACACCAAAACUUCCUCAGUCAAAGACUUACAGUUGGAAUCUCUAGUAAACGACCACACCACCUGUAGGCGACCGCGACCACUUUUUUGGCCUGAAAGUUUGAUGAUUUUCCAUUGCUUUUAACCUCUUGUAGGCGACCACUUGGCACCUUCUGUGACCUCUAUGUUCGCUACUACUUAGAAUAUACGAAGAACUUUAGUGACAACAUGGAAGUUCUCAUGGUGUAACUUAAGAUUGCAUGCAAUAAAUUUUCUUCCAUAAAGUAGAUGUGCCCGGACCUAUUCUCGGAAGAGGCCCCCCCGUUUCUCGUAAACGACCACCUCCCGUAAGCGACCGCUAAGUCUUUGCAUUUUGGGUGGUCGCUUGAAGGAGUUUCGAUUGUAGUAUUAUCGUAAGUACUGGCAAUAUUAUUCCAAUUCAAGCACUACUCUUUGAAUGGAUCCUUCUUUUUACUCCGAACGACCUCAUCUAAUGCUCCAUGUACUUACAGCGUUGUAAGUAGUAUCACAGGAAAUUAUUCUCACUAGUUCUCAUGGCAUAUUUUAGAUUUCAUUCACAGACUCGAAAGUUAGAACUACCCUUUUGCAGCAAAGCAAACGGUCUCAUAGAAGGACUCUGCUUAGACUAUAAGCCAUGUUGUCCCGUUUUUAAACAAAAGGCUACAAGGGAGUCUAACUGAAACCGGUUUAAAACAACCAAUGGACCUAAAAAGUGGAUUAUUUUAUUUAGAAAAUGAUCUUUGUAAUUUGUACUAUGCAUAUUGCUCUCCCCUGUUUAUUAAGAUUGGGCAAAUUGGAAAUGGCUUAGAACGCGGUUUCUGUUAAACAUGUGGCUAAACUCUGUACGUCCAAUUUUGUAAUGCAGGCUGCCCAGAAUCCACACCGUGCAAUACAGUAAAAAACCCGCAACUAAGAACCUAAAAAUUAAGAACCUGCUAGCCUAAAAUUGAUCAUUUAUACCCCCUAUAAACAAGAACCUAUUUAGCCUAAGAAAUUUAAAACAGGUUCUUAUUUUCUAAAAUCAUACUAGUACAUUACAGCUGCAUUGCGAGAAUCAUAUUUGAAGCAAAAAAAGCAGAUUGCCAUUGUUGUAAAAAUGUUUUUUUAAAGAAAAAUGAGUGCAGUGGGGGUGGGGGUGGGGGUGUUGUGGGGCUGAAGAAAAUAAAAGUAUAGGCCAAUGACCAACUUGUUUGCAGCUGUGUUUUAAUUGUUUUUUCUCCAGGAUUAAGAACCCAUUUUAAGAACCUAAAUAGCCUAAAAUUCUGUUUACUACCAUUUAUAUAAGAACCUGUUUAGACUAACUCCUAAAAAUGUAGGUUCUCAGUUGCGGGUUUUUACUAUAAUCUCAGUACCCUCUCCCCUCCCACACUACCCCCAGACUAACAAGUGAAGCGCUUAUUGAUUUUAUCGUUAACUGCCGUUAGCUUUUUCGUAUGUUCUUAUGCUGUUCUUCAGUAUCAGUUCUGGCAAAAAACGAUUGGCAACGACAAAACAAAGGAAAGGAAAACAGUUUGUGUGGUAUUCGAACAUAAGCGCAGCAUGGCCGCUAUGUCGUGUAACCGCGAUGUGUGUCUUUGCAACAUUUCUUAUAGUCCUUGUGAAGUAUCUUUUAUUUGUUUUAUUUAUUUAUUGUUGGUUUCUUUAUUUUCUGCAGGAUGUAUUAAAACCUCUGCUCGACAUAGCACUAGACAUCUCACAGCUGCAAAAGUUAACAGGACGCGACGCGCCGACAGUCAUCACAUAACACAUGCUCUUCUUCCCAAUAUGAAAAAUGGAUCAAACAGAAGUACAUGAUUUGUUUUAAUUUUUUUUUUUAUUAUUAUUAUUUUUUUUUUUAUCUUAAUGUUUCAAUUGUAAGGUGCACCCACGGGGUACCGGGAUAAAUUAAUGUUUCAGGUUUUUGUUUUUGUUUUUUACGCAAAUAUUUUCUUUAUUUAUAUAUACCUAUUUGCUAACUUAGGCCCUGUUUACAUGUAUAUGGACAAAACCUGUCCCAGCCUAGUCAUCUUUAGCGAGCGUUGAUAUGAGAAAAUGUGACCCCUUGGACCAGCCAACAGCUGACAAAAGUGCUAUCAAAUGCUUUGAUUGCCCUUACUUGACCGAAAUGGCCCGGCUGGAAAGCCAGAGUGUAGUUAGAGUAGAGGAAAUAUCUAAAAAACGAACUACGAAACAAUACAUUCAAAACCUCUGAAGGGUUCACCCUCGGGAAAGGUGACAGACUACUUUAUAUAGAGCUGCUAAAAAGAGGUUUGAUUGUACUAAGAUCUGGUCCAGACGAAUUCGACAUUUUUUGAACCUGGGUA